AUGUCCGCCGACACUACGCCGGCGCUGCCACCGCCAUUGGGCGAGAUCUCCAACUUCUCCAAUCCACCGAAUAGCAACGCCGAAGCGCAAGCUGGCAUUAUUAUAUGCCUCAUCGUCACAUUUUCUGCGGUGCUGAUCCGCGCGUACUCGAGGAUAUUCCGCAUGAAGGCAGUGAGGAUACAGGAUUGCAUUGCGCUCCUGGCCUUCGGACUAUACAUCGGCUUUGUCUACCUGCUCUUUUGGUUCAUGAGUUUCUGCGGCUAUUACGUCCACCAGUGGAACAUUUCUGCCAGUGAUAUCCCAACGGUUCUUCACAUCGUCUACCUCGGCAUGGUCAUGUACGAGCUCACAAUCAUGGGACUCAAGAUCUCCAUCUUGACCGAAUGGAUCCACCUGUUCGUUCCUCGUGGGACGCGGAGCACCUUCUACUGGACCUGCGUGGCCGUGCUGAGUGUCAACGUGAUGUACUACUCGUCUUCGAUUCUAGCUACGACCUUCGUCUGCAACCCCCGUGGAAUGCUUUGCUCAAAGUCGUCGGUCAUCUUCAUCUGCAGUGCGGCGGUCAAUCUGGCCUCGGAUAUUGUCAUUCUAGUCCUCCCAAUCAACACUGUCUGGCACUUGCAGCUACCCAGGCGGAAGAAGAUAAACAUCUCAUUGGUGUUUGCUCUAGGCAUCUUGUGUUGCGCGUCCGCCGCGGUUCGACUUGCCAAAGCUAUCGAAUCCUUCGUUUCCCCCGACAAGACAUACACCCUAUCGGCCGUGACCCUCUGGGUCCUCACUGAAGCAACCUGUGCGUUUCUUGUCUUCUGUGUACCCGCGGCUCCGAAGGCUUUCAAAGGCAGUCGAUUGGCAAGCGUGUUAUUCGGUAGUGCAUCAACCCAGGGUCAGUCUAGAGGCGAGAUUGGCCCAUCCACUCGCUCCUGGCCGAGGAGCGUAUACGCGCAGCUUCCUCCAGCAAGUAGAGCGCACCAGAGGAAUGGGGUGCCAUUGCAGAAGCUGCAUCCGGUUGUGAGGAGCGUGCCCGGACCCUCCGAGUCGAGUGAGCAGUUACGCGAGACAGGAUGA